AUGAAUUUCAAGACCAACCUCUUCUUCUUUGAUGAGAUGCUGAAGCCAGCAGGCAGCAGGAAUCAAAGAUCAAAAAGUUUAAAGGUAAAGCAUGCCCUUCAAAUAUGUCUACUACUUGCAAUAUGCAUAUGGCUACUUUACCAAGUGAAGCAAUCUUACAAAAAGAAGUCAAAAUCCGUUUCAACUCAAGCAUCUGAAAAUGAAGAAAACGCGCUUCAAAUGUUGAAACUGGGGAGAAAAGACAUCAAACCUCAACUACUUGAAGAAGUGGAUCUAGAGGACGAAGAAAGCAAAGAAAAAGAGACUGUUGAUGGAGAUGAAGACAUUGAAGACAUUGAAAAGGACAAGAAUGAAGACGACGGAGAGCCUCAACAGUUGCAGGAUUUAAUCGACGAAGAUGACAAGGACGAAUAA